AUGUAUCAAGAUCCUGUGGUUUUGGAGGUGCGAGAUCAUUUGAGACAGUUCUUGUCCUCGAUUCAUGGUAAUCGUGUCUUCAAAGAUGUUCGGGGGCCACCUGAGAGGUUUGAAAUGGAUAGGAUUUUGAAGGAACAUAUCUUCAGUUAUCUUUUCUUCUUGAUCUCCAGGAAAGGUGAGACUUUGCCGUUGAUGUUUCCAGAAGAUGACAGUAUCACCAGUAUCGCUGCGGUGCCUUUUCCCAAGACUUACGAAGAAGCUGUAGCUAUUGACGAGCAGGAACCUCGACUUCCGUUCUAUAGGAUCAAUGAUAGUAAGCUGAGUAAUGUGCAUCAACAUUCUGGUCGAAACUGUGGAAGAAAAUUUCAAGUCGGUGAGCCGAUAUACAGAUGUCACGAGUGCGGAUAUGAUGACACUUGCGUUCUGUGCAUCUACUGUUUCAAUGCAGCGGAUCAUGAGAAUCAUCAUGUGUACACGGACAUCUGUUCUGACUUCAACACUGGUAUCUGUGACUGUGGCGAUAAAGAGGCGUGGCAUAACGAGCUGCAUUGUAAGGCAGAAGAAGAAGCACGGAAUGGUAAGUCGAACCGCGAGAACGACGAGUCGGGCGACGUCUUCCUACGACAGGACAUGCAAGAGAUCUUGGAGAUCGUCCUGAUAGAAGUUUUUGAUCAUUUCAUUGAUGUUUUCAAUCAGAAUGUGGAACCGCUGCCCACUUUACAGAAGGAUAUUACACUGAAAUUGCGAGAGAUGAUCCAACAGGGCAAACUGGCGGAGAGAGCACAGUUUUUGGAAGCACUGGCAUACAAGAAUGAUACCAUUUUGAGGGAGAAGGAGGCUAUGAACUUAGAAACCGCAAGAGGCGACCCAUCAAGUCAGGCAGAUCUUAAGAAUUACACUGUAAUCAUAUACAAUGACGAGUACCAUAAUUACUCUCAAGCUACAACAGCAUUAAGACAAGGGGUUCCAGAUAACAAGCACACAGACGUACUGACAUCGAGAAUCGAUGGUGAAGGGCGUGCCCUGCUGAAAUGCUCUGAAGAGCUAUCGUCUGUGAUUGGAGGUUUUUUUGCUGUGCAGACGAACGGCCUAAGUGCAACUUUAACCUCGUGGUCCGAGUAUAUCCAUCAAGAAACUUGUAAAUACUGCAUACUGUGGCUAAGUUAUUGCCUGAAAAUUCCAAUCCCAGCAUUCCAAAGUGUCUUCCGGUCGGCCAUGGGUAAAGUACUAUGUGCAGAAUACGAUAGGGCAUCCGAAACUGUCGAUGUUACUCCUAUUAUUCGUGAGUACUUCAGUUCGAAAUUUAACGAAUCAGAUCCGUAUAGGUUUGUUGAUCUAUCAAUUUUAGGGCAAGGCAAUUGCAUCCCUUUGGGUCAUCAUAAGGAACUGGAUGAAACCGACACACACAGCAUAUCAAAUACUCUAAACAAAGUUAUCGCCCCAACUCAUAGACAUUACUCGAACAGUAGAUUGCAACUAAUAUUCUACUUCGAUAACAGAUAUUGGAAAAAAUUGAGGAAAGAUCUUCAGAGUGUUAUCAUUCCGACUUUAUCAUCCGACGUCUAUUAUAAGCCCCUCUUUUGCAAGCAGGUGGUAGAGAUAUUUAACCACAUUACGAGAUCGGUAGCUUUCAUGGAUCGUGAGCCCUUAUUGACUGUGCUACGCGAGUGUGUGGUGCAGCUUUUUACCUGCCCUAAAGAUGCCAGUAUGAUUUUCAGCAUGGGCAGUUUCAAAGAUAUCCUCUGGUCAGUCAUAGAUAUAUUUACCGAAUUUUCCAAGGUCGAUGGAGGCCUCCUUAUAUGGCAGAAGGUACAAAAAACCAAUCCGACGAAAAGCUAUAGCAUUUCCUUCAAACAAGGCCUUUAUGCAGUCGAAACUUUGCUGAGCAAGGUUUCGGACGGGAACAUUAUUUUGAAACCUGAAAACUUCAUUUCAAUUGUAACUUUGUGCAAAUUAUUCAAUGGAGCUUAUAAAAUAAAGAGAAAGGAGGGCGAGCAUGUGUUACAUGAGGAUCAGCAUUUCAUUCCAUAUCUGGAGUAUACGACUUCUAUCUACAGCAUCAUACAAACGAUUGCAAAGGUGCUGGAAAAUUCGAAGGAGAAGAUCAAUGAGGGCUUGUUGCUGAACGCAGUGGAGUUGCUGACUACCUUUUUAGGUCAUCGUUCUUUGACCUAUAAGCUUACUUCCGACUCUAGAGAGAUCAUUAAAUUCGAGGUUCACAAGCAAAGAGUAGCAUUUAUGAACCCAGUUCAUACACUGUAUUCAUUUUUGAUUGAGAAAUGUAAUCUCGAGUCGGCCCUCAGAGCGACGAGCUACUGUUCGGAUUUUCUUAUGAUAUCGGAUUUUUCAUUGAGGUCAAUUGUGCUUUGCGCCCAAAUCUUCGUAGGUUUUUGGGUAAGGAACGGGAUGUCUGUUUUACAUCAAUCGAAGUAUUACAAAAACAAUCCAGAGUUGAGCUCUUAUGCUCGAGACAUUCACUUAAACCAGCUUGUGCUUCUGCGUGAAAAUGAUGAUCUACCGAGAGUGAUCUAUAAUAUGCUUGAUAGAUGGGCAUUACUUGAUUGGUACACUGGCGAAGUAGACUUCAAGCAUACGGCGUACGAAGACAAGAUUAUACCCAUGGUACAACAGUUUAUUGCCUUCGUCUAUCAAGUUUUGACAGAGCGAUCCUUCUUUAAAACAUAUUCUUCCGCCAAGGAGCGCAGAAUGUACCACAUCAAGAGUGCUAUCAUCUACAGCUUAUUCAGCAAACCGCUCUCAUAUUCGAAACUUCUAAGAUCCAUGCCGGAUUAUUUGACAGAAGAUACUACGGAAUUUGACACUGCUCUGCAAGAAGUUUCGACUUUUGUAGAGCCAAAAGGUCUGGCAGAUAGUGGAGUCUUCAAGUUAAAGGAGAAACUAUAUGCUGUAGUAGAUCCUUUAAAAUUACUAAACAUGGAGAAUGAGUUUGAGUCAAGCGCCGCCAUAAUAAAGACGCAUCUUUCUCAGAGAAAAUUUGGCGAGUUCAAAGAUAUUAUACAUCCUCAGAUCAUUUCACCUGAGUAUCUGGAUAAAAAAUCUCAUGAGCUUGGUAGAUUCACGGGAACUGACCUGUUUGCCAAGCUAAUAUACAAAUUGCUGCAGGUAUGCAUCGAUAAUGAAGAGGGAACCUUUUUAUAUGAGCUGCUCCAUCUGGUUCAUGGUAUUUUUAAGAACGAUGAAUUAGUCAACGGAAAAAAUUCGAUUCCACAAGCUUAUAUCUCAAAGCCUAUCUGCAAUCAACUUUUGAUUAUUUCAAACACGAAACGGAAUGUCUUUUCGGAAGAUGCGAAGAAGAAGGCGAACUACUUGCUAGAAUGCAUGAUGGAGAGGAGACCUGAAGAGAUAACUGACUCGUUGAAAUCCAGCUUCGGAGAAAACUGUGUCACUGAAUUCAUGGCAAAAAAGAUGAAUCGUGAUGUGCACUCGAGCGAAAGUGACAAACUACGGAAGAAGAGAUUGAUCAAAAAGAGACAGGAGAAACUACUAGCGAAAUUCAAUAGCCAGCAAUCAAAAUUCAUGAAGGAAAACGAAUCUGAGUUGUGGGGCCAAAAUAAGACAGAUGAUGACGUCGCCAUGGAAGGUGUCGAGGUUCAGCAGUUUGAAGAGUUUACUUGUGCAUUAUGCCAGGAUGACACAUCAACAGACCUUUUUGUUGUGCCGGCGUACCACGACCAUACUCCUAUUCUCAGGCCAGGUAACAUUUUUGAUGUUGAAGAGUUCGCCUCUGAAUGGAACGGGUUCUUCAAUGACGAGGAUAGGUUGACAUAUAACAAUGACAAAACAUUGGGAAGUCUUCGAGACAACAGCAAUAAGGGUUCCAAGAAAGUUUUGGUUUCCUGUAAUCAUAGCGUCCAUCACUCCUGCUUUAAGCGUUACGUUCAGAAAAAGAGGUUUUCUUCAAAUGCCUUCAUCUGUCCACUUUGCCAAACCUUUUCGAAUUGUGUGCUGCCCAUCAGGCGCACCUCUAAACAAGACACAGGAUUGUCGGUUGAUAACUUGGUUAAUCAAGGCGUUUCAGUUGAAAUCCUCUCUCGCCUCUUCGAGUCCUUCAGUGCCGCGGAUUUCAAAAACGUUUAUUCGACAUUCAACUUAGUUACCUCACAUUCUCACUCGUAUGACAAAGCAGCUCGUCAGGCGCCAGGAUUUGAAAGCAAAGAUACAGCCUUCAUACUUGGUGUUCAUUGGGCAAACACGAUUUCGAUGUUCGAGAUUUCUUCCAGGCUGGAUGCAUCUCCAAAUUUAACGUUACUGAACUCUAAAGAGCAAAAGUACAAGACUCUGAAAAAUACGUUGAUCUGUAUUGUGCUGAUGUGUUACGGUAUCGGUAAACCAAAUCCCGACUAUGACCCUUAUGUUGCGAAGGAUGGCGUCGUCUGGAACCAGAAUCAAAUCUUCCAGUACAUCGUCAAGAGAUGUUUAUUCUCGCAAGAGCCGCUGAGGGAGUCCAUAGGACAGGCUUUGGCAGCGUACUCUAAGCAACUGGUUGUCGAGUUCAUCAAGGGGAUCGCUGGUGCGGACAUUCGUAAGAUGUUUGCCAAAGGAGAGAAAUGUGGCAGGUUGUACAGCGUUGAAUCGUCUACUAUGGCGGAGACUUUGAGAAGGACAUGUGCUUUAGGUGUCAGCGACCCUGAUCUUUCUCGACAGGCCUAUGAACUUGCAUAUACCUGCUUACUGAAGAAUAUGCUACCAACAUUGAGGCGCUGUUUGAUUAUGGUGCGGGUUUUCCAUGAUUUGCUGAGCGAUUCGGAGGAAGAGCUGGUGGUCAAUGGCAUCAAUAUGGUGGAAAAAUCCGCUCUUCCGCUACCUGAGUACGUCGAUCAAGUUGUGUGUGCACUUACAGAUUUUGAUACGCUGGAAGAGCUCCUGAGCCGAGGGAUUCCUAACAUGAAGCCAAAUGAUGACCCAUAUCUGAACGAUAUCCCCUACGAGAAUUGCGCUGUGGUGAAGAUGAUUAACUUGGCCAAGUAUCUGAACACGUAUAUUACCAACUCGAAGAAAAUCAAGCUGCGAGAAGAACAUUCGCUCCAUCUACAAAAUGUUCAUAACAGACUAGAUUUCAAGAUUUGCCUUACCUGCGGUGUGAAAGUCCAUCAGAGGCCCGACCGUCAUGAGAUGUCAAAGCAUCUCCAGAAAUAUUGUUUCAAGACCUUCGGAGCGUUCUUAAUCCCAAACACAAGCGAAGUCUGCCUCUUCCUGUCGCAACCGCCAUCGACGAUAUACAUAAGCGCUCCGUACCUGAAUUCGCACGGUGAAGCAGGCCGGAACGCCAUGAAGCGUGGUGAUUUGACGGUUCUAAACCUCAAAAGAUAUGAGUUCCUGAACAGUCUCUGGAUCAAUAACGAGAUCCCUGGUUACAUCAGCAGAGUAAUGGGUGACGAGUUCCGUGUGAACAUUCUCUCGAACGGCUACUUUCUAACGUUCAACAGGGAUCCCCGUCCCAGACGGCCGCCCGCUGCCGGCAAUGACGAAGACGCCGAUGAAGACGAUGACGAGGACGCAGAACUCUACAGCGGUCACUCCAGCGACGACGACGAGAGAGACAUCGAUAUGGCCGAAGACCGUCUCGCGGAUAUGGAAGGAGCCUUCUUCGGCGCAGGUACCGAGGGUGGCAACGUCCGCGGCCUCUUACAGGUCUUUGAGAACUUCCAGAACGCGGUCGAGAACGGCAUCAAUGCAGAAGAUGCGCAAUUUGCCACUCCGCUUCUACAAUUCUUUCCUCCACAGUUCGGAGGCGUCAAUUUACGGAGAAACAUCGUACAGGAGCCGGAAGAGGACGAUGAGGUUCUCGAUGCCAUGGAGGAGCAUCCUCAGGAUGACAGCAAUGAAGAUAUUCCACCAAACUAG